UCAUAUGUUUUAUUUGAGAAAGGGACCAAAAGUUGACAUUUCUUAUAGAGUAUUUGUUUUUUGUAUGCCUAAUGUUUGGAGGAAAGGUUAUAUUUAAUAACGCAAACUUUACCUAUGUGGUGAUGGUUGUCAACUCGCUUAUAAAUCAAAUAAAACUUUGCACCGGCGUAGUAGUCGGACCUACCAUCGCUAUAACCGCCGCUCACUGUAUCCUCGAGAAAGUCGAAGACGCCGUGGUGCCUGGCAACGUCACUCUGUACACGCAGAAGGAUUUCAAGAGGUAUUUGAAAAUGACGGCGAGCCGGAUCUUCGUUCAUCCGAACUAUACCAUCGAUGAAACGAGCGAUAUCGCCGUAGUCCACGUGAAGAAGACCUUCGACGCAACUAUUCUACCGAUGGCCGAUUCGCCAUUUGACGGCCCGGAAUACUGCCUCCUCGCGGGUUACGGGAUGCGGGGCCAACACACCAAAGGCAUACCUCAGCUCUCUGUGAUCAGCAAUGUCGAGACUUUCGACAAGAAGGCGUGCAAACACGUCAGUAAGAUCGGGAACGUGGUCUGCGUGCCGUCCUACGGUCCCGUCGGUCCGUGCACCGGCGAUUCCGGAGGACCGCUCGUCUGUAACAACGUCCUCAGAGCGAUUCUGUCACGCGGAGUCACUCUCGGAGAAGGCUGCGGUACCAAAGUAUUCAGUAUCAUGAUGUACGAAGACUUCUACGAGCACAAAGAUUGGUUGAUAGAAAAAAGCCGCUCACUCGGGAUAAGUGGCACUCCGAGUGAAGAGACCGAAACGUCUCAGGACACUUCCUCACAAGGAUAUUCUUCUAACUCUCCACAAACAUUUUACAUACUUUUAACAACUCUACUCUUUGGUGCAUUUUGAAAUUAAUAAAAAAAAUUUUG